CCCGCCGCCCGAGCCCGGAGCCCCCCGCGGGCUGCGGCUGCCCGAGCCUGGGCUGCCCCGCCGGCGAAAGCGCGCCCCGGGCCGGAGGGAGGCCCGGCCGCUCCCGCCGCCCAGGUGAGACUGGCUCUGUUCAAAGGAAGAGUAACGUACCAGGAAUACAGCAGGUGCUAAGGACCACACUGUUCACCUAGCCUAAGCAAAGCUGUCCCCUAGAAGGAAGAAGAAAUCACCAUGGCAGAAUUUGCAGGUUACAAGGAAACCUCCAACCGGCACCUGCGCUUCAAGCUGCAGAGCCUCAGCCGCCGCCUCGAUGAGCUGGAGGAAGCAACGAAAAACCUGCAGAAAGCUGAGGAUGAGCUGCUUGACCUCCAGGAUAAAGUCAUCCAGGCAGAAGGCAGCAACUCCAGCAUGCUGGCUGACGUUGAGGCCCUGCGGAAGAGAGUGCUGAAGAUUGAAGGCAAAGACGAAGAAAUCAGGAAAGCCGAGGAGCUUUGCCGCUUAAUGAAGGAAAAGCUCGAGGAGGAGGAGAGUCUGACCCGAGAGCUGAAGUCAGAAAUUGAGCACCUGCAGAGGAGAAUGGCAGAGCUGGAGAAGCUGGAAGAGGCCUUUGGCAGGAGCAAGAACGACUGCACGCAGCUGUGUCUGAGCCUCAAUGAAGAAAAGAACUUGACCAAAAAGAUAUCUACAGAGUUAGAAAUACUCCGAGUGAAAGUGAAAGAACUGGAAGCCUCUGAGGACAGGCUGGAUAAAACUGAGCAGAGCUUAACAGGUGAGUUAGAAAAACUGAAAUCCUUAGCUCUGAGCUUCAUCACCGAGAGAAAAUAUUUUAAUGAACGAGAGAAGCAGAAUGAGAAAAUAAUCCAGGAGCUCACCCAGAAGCUAGAACAGAACAACAAACUGACCAGGGCAGAUCAAACCAGAAACGCUUCCAACUUGCUGGAAAGGUCAUCCAAUAACCUCCUGGACAGAAAUGAUCUGAAGAUCGAAGAUGACUUGACUUCUGCCUUGCCCUCGAAGGAGACCAGGAGGAAGGGAAGCGUGGACUACCUGAAGCACGUAGAAAACGAGAGCAGGAAUAAAGCGGAAAACCAAAAGAAUAAAAAUCAGGAAGACAACAAAGUGAAGGAUCUCACCCAAGAGAUUGAGAAGCUUAAAACCCAGAUCAAGCGUUUCGAGUCUCUGGAGGAAGAGCUGAAAAAAAUGAAAGCCAAAAACAACGACCUGCAAGACAGCUACCUGAGCGAGCAGAACAAGAACAAGCUCCUGGCAGGGCAGCUGGAGGAAAUCAAAAUGCAGAUAAAGAAGCAGAAGGAGCUGGAGAACGGAGAGCUGGACAAUGAGGACACAAGCUUCUUCAGCAGGGGCAAACACGAGAGACCCAAAUACAGAGGUGUCACGGCUGAUCUGGCGGCUGCCCGGCACAAGCCGAGGGAGCUCUCACCGCAGCAGCGCCGGGAAAGAGCAAGGAACAGAGAUUUCUCUGUCAGCAGUGACAGCUACAGUCACGGCGGGAAGCAGCUGCUCAGCCCGAGCUUCACGAACAGGAAAGCAGGAAAGGCAGCCGGGGCAUCUGCCCUUUCAGACACUGCUGGGACAGAUACAAAAAGACUGGAAGAGAGAUCUUCAGUUUCCACUUUUUCUUCUGGUCAGAAGGAAGGCGGUGCCACGCAGCACGAGGGGAAGAGAGCGAAGGAGCAGCCAUCUGUCCUCAGCCGCUAUCCACCUGCUGCACAGGAGCAGAAGUCUUGGAAAGCGCCUUCCAGACCUGUUGGUGAUGCAGGCCUGAGGUCCAAGGCUGAAAAGCCAUCCCAGGUGCUCCGUGGCAGCUGCCAAACCAGUGCUGACACGCAGGAUGAGAAGUCAAGCAAAGGCGACUCAGUGGCUGCUUUGGCUGAGAAGCUGAAAUCCAGUCAGGCAGAGGUCAGUGAGGGCUCGGGGGACACACUGCUCACCCGAGGUCAUCACAUCUCUUCCAAUGGCACAGCUUCAGCACACAGGUACCACCUCUCUUCCCAUGCCUUGGCAUCUGACUCCACUGGCUCUAAAGCAGAAGCAGUGACCACUUCUGCUGCAUCACACCGACAGCCCUCGGAGGGGAGGGCUAGAAGAGCAAUAAUGUCCCAGGAAAAGGAAUCUGCAGAGGCCCCACUUGAAAGCGUGAAGGCUCCGACACUCAGCAAGCGCUCGCAGCGCUCCAGGAGUCAGGAGGACAUUCUGCAGAUUCUCACAGGUCUGGAUAAAGAAGAGAUGGAGCAGUCUACAACUUCAGCAACAGAUCAUGUAAAUGCUGGCUUGAAAAACACCCAGAGUAACCAGGAAAAGCUUAAUGCAGAUGAAGAAUCGGGAAGAAGCAGAAAAACCAGCACUCACUCAGAGCUUGAGACCAGAAAGAAAGUCGGUGCCAAGCAGUUCUCCAACUCCAGGGCAGUUCCUAGAGCAUCACCUUUUGAAAAUGACAAAAGCACUGCCAGUGAGGAAGACUCCAGCAAAUGUAUGAAACCACCAGAUGCCAGUGCUGGAGGAUUUCAGCCCAGAAGGUCAUUCAGCCCAAGAGAAGCUCUGAGGUCAAAAGCUGUCAUCAAACCUGCCAUUGUUGAGAAGGAUAUGAAGGCAGUCAUGGGAGGGACCAUUUCUGAGGCAGAGUCAGAAAAACAGAAGUCUGUUCUAAAAAUGGUGACAAGCAAAAUGACAAGCAGCAUCACCAUCUUCCCUUCUGAGCCAACAGCUCCAAGGAGCGCUGCAGAUCCCAAGGAGAGGCAUGUUACCACCAGCAACAUCAGAGUUGCUCCCAAUGAGCCCUCACCACUAACAAACAAUGUCCCCACCCCUUUUGAGAUAUCAAUCAAUAAAAACGCUCUGAAAUUACCUGAGACAGACAGAACUGGAGAGGCAGCAUCCAGAAGUAAGGCAGAAACAGUGGUCUCCAGAAGCAGCAUUGUGAUAAAGACCUCUGAGCUCCUGGAAAGGAACAGCGAGGGGCCUGCAGAGACAGCUGGCUGGAAGAGCCACGGCCUCGCAGAUGCAGCUUCAGCAGAAACAAAGCACGUCACUGUGAGAAGUUCCUGGAGAACAAGACAAGGCUUACAUUCCCUAGAGGACUCUCAAACCAAAGUGGAGAAAAGCGCAGCUUCCAGUGCUACAAACGUGUGCAGGUCCUCAGUGGACCUCUCAGACAUGGCAGGGAACAGUGCAAGAACAAACUCCCUGGAUCAGACCUCAGCAAGGAGCAGUGCCACGGCCAGCUCCUGGAGUGCCCCUGAGCUGGGGUCCCGAAGGACCAAAAGUAACUUGAGUGCAUCUGAGCUGCUGCCACGCAGGAGCUAUGCCGGCGACCCUGCAGCUGCCUGCCACCGCACCAUGCCGCUCGAUGAAAGCAGAGAUGUCGUGCCCAGUUCCAGAAGGAAACACUGUGGCUCUUCUGAGUACCUCUCACAGGCUGACACAGCAGGGAAGAGGGCAGCCAGCAAGGUGGAGCUGCAGGACCCUGUGUCCAGCCCCCAGGCACCGCUGGAUCUCCAAGUGGAGGAGCAGGGUGCUCCCCGUGCCUGCCGGACGACGUCUCGGAGGUGAGCUGUGUCCUCCCCACGCCAGGAACAGGCCACGCGGUGAGGCAAGAGGCAGGACAGCCCUGAGCUGUGGGUGUCACACCUGCUGUAACCUCUCCAAGGGCUUCAGCCAGCCUGAAACCAGUUUGCUAAUGUGAUUUGCAAGGUACAGGAGCUUUAUCAGUGAAUUCUUUUCCUUCAUUGCUGAAGAGGCAGCUGCAGAGACUUUGCUCAGGGGACUCCCACUUUUCAUCUCUGUACCUGCAAACUUCAUCUUCUCCAUAGGAUGAUAGGCGUGUCUCCAUGUGGAAAACCUGGACUGCACAGCAGCUCUGAAUGAUGGUACUCCUUGGGCAAGAGAGAACUUGUUAACCACCUGCUUUUAGCCAAGAUCCCAGAGGCGUCCCUGUGACUGCAGCCUAUAACAGCUGGCCCACACAGCUUCACGAUGGAAAGCUUUCAGCUCCUGGGGAGAGUCUGCAUUCUCCUAGCACAGCCUUGCUGGCCUGGCUUGUGGCCACCUCAGUACCUGUGUUCCAGCAUCCUCUGUGUCUAGACAGGACGACACCAUGCCCCAUUGCUUGCUGUACACAGCAAGAGGGAAGGUGAGCUGAGAAUGUUUAGCAGCAGUUUCUUCCCUGCUGCUGGCAGUCUCUACAAAAAGCUUUGCAUGACCUGCUCCUCAUCACCAGCUGAGAGCUUGCACCAAGAAGUCACCCACAGAGCCAAACCAACAGCAGUUCCCACAGCACUAAAACCUUCUCCUGACCUGUGCUGAGGAGCUUCCUUACAUGAAGCUUUAUAUCCACCAUGCCCUGCAAACAAGAACCCUGCUGCUCGCUGUGAGCAGCUGAGCUCCAAGGGAAAAAAGAAACAAGCAGAAUGUUCUUCCUUCCAAACCCAGGUUGGAGACAGCAGGACUGGAUCCCCAGCUGAGCUGCAGCAUGGCUCACUGGGCAGUGCUUCCUUUUCCAAUGUUGAGGUGGUUUCCCAAAUUUAUAUUUUUUACCUUUUUAACCCUUCUUCUUCUUUU